CGUGUGCGCGCAUUCCGCUUGCGCUUGGCAGUUAGUUAUUAUUUGGGAAGAGGAGGAAGAAGGAGAAGGACGGAGCCUGGGGGAGGAGGGAAAAGCCAUGGCGGCGCGGCUAAGAGUGGCAUAAGACAGGCUUAUUGGGUCCAGGCACCCCCUCCGGUCCCGGUUGGAUUGUUCCUUGGCUUCGUAUCUCACCCGGGACGGAUCCAACGAGAACACCGCGGCGGGGGGAGAAGGAGAAGUUCAGCAGAUGGUUGUCUUGUUGCGAUGAAAUUAGUCAGACAGCUGAGUGUGGAGGCAGUGAUUCAUUGCUUGGGAUUUCCCAUGCACCCAGCACAGCACUAAUUCCUAUGAUCCCUGUUGUCCAUGUGGAAAGGCGUGUAACACUGCAUAGUUUCUCCAGCGGGUGUAUUUUGUGACCCAAAAAUGAUGAAAACGGAAGGGAAAGGGGAGAGGACCCUCCGAAGUGCAUCUCCACACAGAAAUUCAUACAAGUCUGAUUUUCAUGCCAUUAAGUGCUCCUUUGAUGGUGUAAAGCCUGAAAUCUCUCCAAAACCUGCAUCGUUAAAGCUAAACACCAAUGGGGCACCAGCUGACCUUACCCGGGGCCGUGCCUCCUAUGGUAACCGGGUUCAUAAGAUCAAGAAUAUGUUUAUGCAGAUGAGCUCAACUCCCAAUGAAAAUCAGAUUGAAGCCAAACUUAUAAAGUCCGAUAAUUCCUCUCCACCGACAAACACUUCUGUUGUAAAUGUGCAAAAGAAUAAUGCCUUAAACAUCAGCCCUGAUCUGCCAUCCACUGACAAGGUGGUCAAGACAAGCGAGGAAGUGGACCUUGAGAAGGUUGCCCUGGCAGAGAAGUUUUCGGAAACCAGGAAACUAUUUGAAAGAAAUCUUAAUCGCCAAACCACUUUUGAAGAGUCUUCCCCAACCAAGGAGGAGGUGACCAGAACUGAGCGCCGACACGGGUCUAUCGAAGUGGAAAAUACCUCUAGUGAUCUUAGUCCCACUAGUGCACAUUCAAAUGUGACCAAGUCUACGUCGACUGAUGACAGUACAUACAGCCGAAAGUCUACUUCCUCCUCAUCUUCUUCCUCUCUGAAUGCAGGGCCAAUAAGCAGGAGGCUAGAAAGUUUUCUUGCUGACAGUGAUGGGGAGGAACCUAGAGACUUGUCCAAGACAGAGGAGAUUUUAAUAGAUGCAAACAGUACUGUCUCUCCAGCAACUGUAAACCACUUGGCUGCAUUGACGAAUGCAGGCAUCAACGCCAAUAAUAAUGACGGGACUAGCAGUGUAAUUACUGCUAAGGACCAAAGGUUAGAAAAGAAAGUGAGCUUUGAUGACGAAGGCCACAUAAAAAAUACUGUAAGGGGCGAGGACACUGCUUCUCAGAAUAACAAUAUAUCUCAAGCUAAAGAAGCUGGUGAUUCUAAGGUUCCUACAUCCGACAAAACGCAAACGGAAAUGGUAAGAGCAGAACUAGUGGUAUUACAAAACGAAUCUUCAGAGAGUGAAGAAGAUGAAAACUUAAAGGAUGACGUGUUUGACGAUAUAAAACCUCUUGAUCCGAAGAUUUGUCUCAAUGACAGUGUCCAGAUUGCAAAGAGUCAUGUCAAAGAAAAAAGUGAAAGUCACUGGAAAAACAUGGCAGAUACUGGCACGGAGGUCAUUGCUAAGCCGACUGAUGAAACCACGGAUGACAUAGACAGCGACGAUGAGGAUGGGAGUGAAUUUGAGGAACAGAUUGAUAAGAACAAAAACUUACUAAGGUAUUCCACUGGAGCAUUUGGUAUUGAAAAUGCAGCAUUCGAUGAUGACCGAGACACAGAGGCGGAACAUCCAACAGCUGGAAGUGAUAAGUUAUUGGCCAAUGAAGAAGAGGAUUAUGAUCUCUGUAGUGAUUAUGAGGAAGUACCCGGACUGCCUGAGGAGGAAGACCCAACGCCAACACGAACUGUCAAGUUUUCUACAGCCCCUAUUAAGGUGUUCUCUACGUUCUCCAAUGAAGACUAUGACAGACGCAAUGAGGAGGUGGACCCGGUUGCAGCCUCUGCAGAGUAUGAGUUGGAGAAAAGAGUGGAAAAAAUGGAUGUUUUUCCGGUAGAGAUUGAAAAAGGUGACAGUGGCCUUGGGAUCAGCAUAAUCGGAAUGGGGGUUGGCGCAGAUCAGGGAUUGGAGAAAUUAGGAAUAUUCGUAAAAACGAUUACAGAGGGAGGAGCAGCCCAGAGGGAUGGACGGAUUCAGGUAAAUGACCAAAUUGUGGAAGUUGAUGGUACAAGUUUAGUGGGAGUUACACAGCUAUUUGCAGCAACGGUACUGAAGAACACCAAAGGCACAGUCAGAUUUCUGAUUGGGAGAGAGAAGCCGGGAACGCAGAGUGAAGUAGCCCGCCUCAUCACUGAGACUCUGGAGCAGGAGCGAUGCCAGCAACAAAUGUAUGAGCAGCACUACUCAGAGGGCAGCACUGGGCAGGAAGACGAUUCUGAAGAUGAUGAUGACGAUGAAGAUAAUGAGUAUGAUCUAGAGCCGCAGCUACAUGGGAAUUCAGUUGAAGUGUUUGAGCUCUCGGAAAGUGAGGAUCUACAUUUCCCGUUGGAUAUGGAUGCAUCUCAGCUGGCUCUUAAGUUUAAAGAGCUUCAGCUAAAGCACGCUGUCACCAUGGCAGAGGUGAACCAGCUGAAAGACAGGAUAAAGGCUGCAGAGUCUGAGAAACUGGACUGGGAAACAAACCGUCUCAAGUAUCUGCAGUCCGUGGAAGAAAACAAGGAGAAGAUUAAGAAGCUGGAGACCUACUGGCUGGAGGCUCAGGCACUAUGUAAAACGGUCAAUGAGCAUCUGAAAGAAACCCAGGAACAGUACGAUACCCUGGAGAAGAAAUAUACCAAGGCCAAGAAGUUACUGAAAGAAUUUCAGCUAAAGGAAAUAGAAUUUGAACAGAAAGAAGAGGCGCACAAGGAACUUUUAAGAGAAAAAGACAGACGACAUACCGAACAAAUGAAUCUGCUAAACGCCAGAAUUUUAGCUCUUGAGAACAAACUUUGUGCGUACGAGGAAACGAUUCACGUGAUCCCCAACAAUAAACACGAGGAGGUGAAUGAGGAGGGCAUUGAACAUACACAGAUAGCCGCAGAGAAAGCGUCAGAAGAUCUGGAAACAGAAAGUUCUGCACUUCUGGAAUGUUCCCUAUUCGAUUUUGAUGCAUGUGUGGGAGAAAUCCAGCGCUUGGACACGAGCGCUCACCGAGCCAAAGCUCAGCUUGCCCUGAAAGUGAAACGGAAUCGACCCUCAAGGAACAAAUUAAAGGAGCCUUUCAUUGACGGGGGACAAAAGCUGCGCGCAGAGGAGGACGAGGCAGAGGAAACGCUCUUAGAGGAAACUGGGAGCCCCUGUGAGAAAAGACCUGAAGACCCUGAGGAACAACUUGGUGUCCAAGACAGCGAUCAAUGGAUUGAAAAGUCUCGAGCGACAGAAAGUUUAGGUAGUCUCCCGGAGUCCGACCCUUCCAUUUCCACUUCCUCCUCCCCAGCCCACAGGACUAACACUGAAACCAUUCUAACCUCCAGUCAGUCUCCCACUGGGGAAGGGCUAGCUCAGAGUUCCUCAGGAGGAUACGUUAGGAAUACCAAGCUGAGAGAAUCUAAAGGAAGAGGCAAAGCCGUUAAAGAUGAGAAGAGAAAUGAUGACAAAGCCGGUGACUCCAAUGAAAACGCUGGAAAGCACAAAAGAAGAUUCCCUGAUUUUGGGGGACUGAGAAAGUCUGGCGGUAAAGGCAAAAAACAUGAGCGGGAGAACCAGAGAGGAUCCAUGGACAGUCGCGGCUCUAGAGACUUGCUAGAUGAAGCCGGCAAUCAGUCCCUGUCAGACUCUGAUUCCCCAGUCCCUACCUGCAUGCCUUUCUCUUGGUUUGGAGAGAGCCACAAAGAAUCUCCUUCCAGUGGCAGCCUGAGCAUCCCACACAGCGGCUCUGACCUUACCGCUGAGCAGGAGAGAAGCAGGAACAAGAGUAGAAUUGUCAUAGAUGAGUCAUACAGUUACAGCCCCUACUCUGAUCUAUCAGGGUUAGUGGCAGAGCCCUCCCUAUCGGGGCGCUCACACACUAUCACCUUCUCUUCUAAUGAGGCAUUAGACGAUGAUGUCACCGCGACCGGGAAGCAGAAUCAGUGGCAUAGCCGGCCUGUGUCUGACUGGACCGCUCAGCAAGUGUGUCACUGGUUAAUGGGAAUGAACAUGGAGCAAUACAUCACUGAUUUCACAGCCAAAAACAUUGAUGGACAGCAGUUAAUGCUGCUGGACAGUGACAGAUUGAAGGCACUUGGUGUUUCAAGCCAGACAGACCGAGCCACCAUCAAGAAGAAAAUUAAAGAAAUCAAAAAAGCACAAGAGAAACUGGAAAAACAAAAGGAAAAAUGUACAAAAAAGGAAAUACAGAAGAAAAGCGGUAAAGUGGCAGCAACUGUGGAAUCCAGCUGCUAAAACAUCCCACCAGAAUGCUUAUCAGUCCCAGUGUUGUAUAUGUAUAUAGGUGUACAAUUUAAAAGGAGUGACAAAUCUUUAACAUAUUUAGAACAUUUCUUAACUACUUCUAGUGUCGGCUUCUAAAAUGAACGUCGCCCAGGGAGCAUAAUUUUAUUUAGUAUUUUUAUUAAAAAGCAGUUACUAUAUUUGUACUGAUUUCUUGGAAGUGUCUUUCUUUUUUUUCUUUUUUUAUAAGUGUCUGAGGUGGUGCAUAUUUUAAACGAAACCCCCAUGCCCCCAAACAACCACUUAAUAAAGCAUGGAUCGCGCGAGAACCUUUCACAUUCCAGAAGGGAUGUCUCCUGUCGCUCCCUCAUGUCUUAAUAUCCCUUGUAAGAACACUGGUUUGCUUGUAGUAUGUCUGUAGUUAGUGUUCUGUGUGACUGUCACCCCGAUACCACUGUCUAUCAGGUUGCUUUCUAAUACAAUCUGUGGCUGCUAACCGUAAUUCAGUGACAUGAACUUUACUGCGAGAUAACUGCGACCUGUUCCGAUGGGGACUGUGAACGGCUUGUGCAUCUUUGUGGUUUGUGAGAGAACAGCGGAACUAAUCCAGUGUGACAACCUGUGAUUCAUUGAGCGUUUACAUAUAGUUGCCUGUACUGAGACUGCGCGCAGCUUUCCUCCUCUUCUAUUGCACUUGGUCAUACAGCGGAUUUGCUGGUACAUCUUCCUGUGAAGAAUUCAACAAAUACCCUUCGCAGAAGACAAAAACGCCAGUGCAGUUAGCAGACGGCAACUGUUGUGUUUUCCCAUGCUAAAAUAUAAUCACUCCUAUGUAAAAUGAUGGCUGCAAUAAUGGUACUAGUGACAGGGCCAAGAAAAUAUUGUGCACCUAAUCCACAUCUGUGGUACGCUGUAUAAAUGCUUUUCAGCUGUGGUAGAAGCAGUUUAUGGGACAAAAGUCUAAGCUCCCCCCCCCCCCCCCCCCGCCCCCUUUCCCAGUCAUUGCUGGGAUUCUACUGCCUUGAGAGGCUAAUAGACAAGCAAGCAGCUGACACCAUAGCUGUCUGUGCUUUCCUUAUGUAAAGGGAACCACGGAUCCUAUUGACUAGUGUAUGUUGGCAUUAGCACUCGUGCUGUAAAUUGCAAUGUUCAGAAACGCUGACCCGAUAUUACUUAUACCCCGUGCGAUAUCUCACAACCACUUCAUCAGCACGGUGUGGAUUCUUGCAUUCUGUUCUGCUUUGUAGACCUCUGCAAAGUAUGAGGCACUGAUUGCAGUAUGGUGAAUGAGAGACUGACCAGGCCAUGUGAUAACCGUUUAUAUGUCUGCAACAUCUAAUUUUGUAUCUUUUCAUAUCAAGUUUGACACCCCAACAGAAAGAUAUAGAUAUAUCUAAUUUUGUACUGCUAGUUGUGAAUAGAGUAGUAAACUGUAAAUGUGGGAAAGGCAGUAAAAUGCAGUUUGUUUUUAAGAAGACCUUAUGAAAAGAAUAGAAAGUUUUCAUGUAAAUGACUUCUAGAAACCACGUGUAAACAUUCUUCCGUAUACCCCCUGAACUUAUUCAGUGGAUAUUGAAGCAGAAAUACAUUCCUAGGACUUUGACCCAUUUCCUUCUGCAUUGUCAAUUGCCUAAUUUUAGGUAAUAAUGUCCCUUUAAGUAUAAGAUAUCUUUGUAGAAGCAAAAUGAACUCUAUUUUUUCACAGUCAAAAUGAAUUGUUUAUAUUGCAUCAGAAUAUUACAGUACUAUUACUUCUGUGCUUUUCCAAAUGAUGUUCUUUUUGUCAAUUGUGGACCAACUCAUGCUCUGUUUUUUUCCACUAAAUGUAGAUCUUUAAACAAAAUCAUGAAAACUUAGAAACAUUUUGUAAAAAAAAAAAAAAAGUUUUAUACAAUAAAACUGACCCUUUUCUGA